AUGAAUUCUUUAACCAAAUUAUUUCCACAUUUAAAAUUAUCACGAGAUGCAUUAACUAAAUAUUUCCCUUCCACUAAUUCAACGAAAUUCAAAUCAAUUUCUCAAAAUAACAUUACAACGAAUUCUAAUUCUCGUCAAAAUUCAACGAAAAUUUCAAGUGGAUUUUUUAAAAUUACUUUACGACGUUCACCAAUUGGUUUACCUUUAAAACGUCGACUCGUUGUACAAGCUCUUGGUUUACGUCGUUUACAACAAACAGUUUAUCAUUCUCAAACACCUUAUAUCGCUGGUAUGAUACUUAAAGUAAAAGAAAUUUUACAAGUAGUAAAUGUUAAGAGAAUUCCGGCUCCUGAAGAAAGAAAGAAACGUGCUGAAAAAGGUUAUGUUAUCAUUAAAAAACAUGAUCCAAACUUAUAA